AUGGCUAAUGAAUCGAGGCCUUGCCCAUGUGGUGUUGGAGACAGGUUUGACUAUGAGGGUUGUGGGCAGGAAGUACAAGUUGAGCACAUCAAGGCGUAUGUUUGCAAAGCACCUGCCAGCACAGACAAAGCUGUGGUUGUGAUUCAUGAUAUAUUUGGAUGGCAACUCCCAAACACCAGAUACAUGGCUGAUAUGCUUGCGGCUAAUGGAUACAUAGAAGCUGAUGCUGUCCUGAAAUAUCUGAAGGAACAGUGUGGUGCAAAGAAGCUAGGGGUUGUUGGUUUUUGCUGGGGUGGUAUUGCUGUACAUCACCUGAUGAUGACAUACCCAGAAUUGAAGGCUGGUGUAUCUCUCUAUGGACUAAUCAAGGAUUCUGAUGAUAUAUCUAAUCUCCUGAACCCUACAUUUUUCAUUUUUGCUGAAAAAGAUGACUUCAUUCCCCUUCAUCAAGUCACCCUGCUGGAGCAGAAGCUAAAGAAAAAUUGUAAAGUCGAUUUUGAAGUUAAAAUUUAUCCUGGACAAACUCAUGGUUUUGUACAUCGCAGAGGAGAAGAUACCAGUCCUCAAGAUAAGCCUUAUAUUGAGGAAGGAAGAACGGAUAUGAUCAACUGGCUGAAUAAAUACAUUUAAUAGAAGAGCAAGCAACUUAAUUUGUGACACAAUUAUGUAAUACACUGCAGAUUUUUGAUAACGCAUUUUAGAAAAUUGGA